AUGGGUAAUUCCAUUCCAGUAACAUUUUCCAGUUCUGUACCACAACAGGAUAGGGCUAGGGUACUGAGAGUGUCUUGGGAGAAUAGCUGUAACCCUAAUUCUUAUGGUGCUUACACGGCGGAUAGGUUGCGGAUGUUGUUUGAGAAAUUUGGGGAAGUUGAGGAGGUUUUGGUCAGCAAGAAGAAGAAAAAUGGGAAUGGGGGUUGUUCAGCUCUAGUAGUGAUGGCGUACAAGGAUUCAGCUGUUGCUGCCUGUUGGAGUGUGCUCGGUGAUGUGUCAAAUCCUUUGUUGGUUCAGCCACUGGAUUCCUCCCCUCCUCCUCCUCCUCCACAACCAGAACCUGCCGAUCAUAGCAAAUUUGAAGAAUUGGUCCUUGCUAAGCUGAAACAGGCUGCUAACAGGCAAAUGAGCUGGGUGGUUGUUUGA